AGUUUUAGGAAAGUUUCGAGUUCGCAAAGUCAAGUUCCCCCCUCCCCCAAAAUAAGUCUAUUUCAGAUCGUAUCUUCGCAUCUACAUCCUAGUUGUUAGAAACAAACCGAAGGAGGAUUGCAUAAUGUACACCGCAGGACUCGCUCCGUAUUACGCCAGUAAUUUCAGUCUCUGGUCUGCCUACUGUUCGAAUGGCUUGUUGGAUUCGGUGAAGAAACCUUCCUUCUGUAUCGCGGACAUUCUGCAUCUGAGCGACACCGAGAACAUGCCGGCUGCCCUGCCAGGAUCGUCGGCCGUCGUGGCUCACAUGAGCGGACACCACAACAUGCAACCCUCGGGCUCCCCUCUGCGCCCUACGCCCGUAGCCCCAGAGCAUAUGGGCGGCUUCGCUCAGAGACCUUCCCCGGCUUCUUCCUACCAUCGAGCCCCGGCCAUAUGUACUUCUUCAUCGCCCCGGAUCCAGCUGGCAGCUGGUUCAGUGCAACAGCUUCCCGCGCUCUCCAGCAAGGACCUUAAAUUCGGUAUUGACCGCAUCUUGUCCGCCGAUACAGACUUUAAACUUAAGGAAUGCAGCACUUUACGAGAUCUUACCUCUUUAAUGGCCCCAAGUCGCCGGUCUGGACUCCACCUCUCCGUUCAGAGUUCCGCCAACCAGUUCUUUGCGUCGCUGGACCCUGGACUUGGUGAGCCUCCCUCAGUUUUGAACUCCAGAAGCUCGAACCAGCAACAUUAUCAGGAUUCGUUUCCAGCAGGGCCUUACGCCGUUCUAACGAAAGACACAAUGCCCCAGACGUACAAAAGGAAACGAUCUUGGUCCAGAGCUGUAUUCUCUAAUCUGCAGAGAAAAGGUCUCGAGAAAAGAUUUGAGAUUCAGAAAUACGUGACUAAACCUGACCGGAAGCAGCUGGCGGCGAUGCUGGGAUUGACAGAUGCACAGGUGAAAGUAUGGUUUCAAAACAGGCGGAUGAAAUGGAGGCACUCGAAGGAAGCUCAGGCGCAGAAGGAGAAGGAGAAAGAGCAAGUGGAGAAGGCCACCAUUCCGGAGGAAGAGCAGCGAGUCAGGGAGAACCAGAGCGACAGCGAGAAAAGUGACUCCGAAUCUACGGAUAUUAAUGAGAAAGACAUCGAGGGUAACAGCUCUGCAGAUCAUAAGACUACCGUCAUCAGAGCAGGUCUCGGCCCCUUAAGUACUGCCGCACCACAGCAAAGCGUCUCACCAGUACAAAGUGUCCCAACAUCUCCGUCGCAAGUUUUGCUAUAAAUGUGAACAUUAUUUUAGCACCCUUCCCCAACGGGAUUACCACGACGUAAAGGACAUUUCAGAAGAUGAGAGUAAGUUAUAUUAUUGCGAAAGGAAGGCGGAAAGUGAUCAUACUCAGCUUCCUACUUGUAAAUUGCAAAUAUGUAAAUAUUGUUUGACACUUGAAAUGGUAUAUUCUUGUUUAUAAAUCGCCUUUGAAAGUGAAUGUUCUUGUAUUUUAAGUUUUGAUAUUGAUUUUAAUUGCUUACUGUAUACCCAGUUGGAUUUUUAGAGGUACAGAUUUAUAAAUACUCACCACCUCGUCUGAGCUAUCACCUGUAUUAACACUGAGAAAAACAGCCAUUUCCUUUUUCCAGGUCUGUUCCAGUGAUGUCCAAGAUGUCCUUUCAAUGCCAGCUGAAUCAAAAGAUUGCACUGAUCGUAAAUACAUCUAAUAAAAUGGGUAUACUGGUUUAAAGAACGCUUUGUUGUACUUGUUGGCUUUUAGCUAUCUUGUGAUCUAGCCAAUAUACAGGUUACCUGAAUCCACGAGAUGUAUUAACAUUUUAAUAGGUGGUCGUACAUCGGAA